ACUACAAGAGCUAUUUGCAGAAAGUGUGAAAGUAGACGAUUCCAAGCAUUUAAAAAAGAUACGGCUCUAUUAAGGUGUAACGAGGGCACGUUUCGCGUGCGGAAGAUAUAUGGAGAUGGGAAUUGCAUGUUUAGAGCGAUCAGCUACAUUUUGUGGCGAAACGAGGAAGAGCAUCAAUCACUCCGAGCUAUGGUUGUGCAGCAUAUUAAGGACAAUUGGCGCGAGUAUGGUCCAUUCGUGAUAGCUGAAUGGAAUAUUUCGGAUUGCCAAGAGUACUACGAUUACAUGAAUGUAGUAGGUACAUUUGCCAGCGAGCUGGAAUGCACGGUAGCCACAAAACUUCAUCGCAUGAAUCUUUCGAUUUAUCGCAAACUUCCUGGCAGAUAUGAACUUAAGUUGGUCUUUCAUAACCGCGUGAACAUCAACUAUGAAACCGCGAGACUCCUAUUCACCGGAUGUUCUGAAAGCGGUCAUUACGAUGUUCUGUUACCCGAUUCAAUGUCAAGCUUUUUUAUGGGCCAAUAAGUUAGACUUUGUGGCAAUUAGUAAAAAAAUGAAUAAAAGUUAAAAUAAUUUUUAACGAGAUCAA